UAGCCCCAUGUUUCAUUACAUCCAAAAACAAGACAUACCUCUCGCUAUCCUAAAGCCUCAUAAAUUCAUAUAUACUAUUAUGACUCAAGUAAAGUGCAUUCACUCUCUCUUACUUCUUUUUCUACCUCUUACACUACUGUUGGACGUCUGUCCAUACAGGCUGAAAAUCAUCUCUAGUCGUCGAGCAACUCAUAUUGGACAACUCAUAUUGGACUGUAGAAGCACAGCACAAACACACAGUUUACGACUACAUUUGCCAUUAACAUUGCUAAAGCAGUUUGUCCAAGAGAAAGACGACCCGCAAUAUGCGAUCUCCUCUCCUUCUCCUCACUCUUGCUAUCUCCAGAAUCUUUUCGGUUGCAUAUAUCGUUCCCUUUGCAUUUGUAAGAUUACCAGAGAAUAUCUACGUAUCCGCCUCAGCUCACAACAACAAUAACGGUCUGCGUCCUACACCAUGUUUAGUUUUUCCAGCCCAUACGUUCUUAUCGCUAGAUCAGUCCCUGCCAAUAGCAGCACAAUCUGAACCUACGGCAUCGUCAAUACUGGUGCCUCGCCGACAUGAUGCUGCUGCUUUAGAUGGCACUAGACAGCCCACAGCUAGCCUACACACGAUUCUACCAAGUACUACUAACUCUGCUGUCAGCAAAGCUAGCCCACUAAUACCAACAAAGAUACAACCUCCACCAUUAUCAGCUACUGACUUUUCCAGCACAAAAGUUGGUGCCAAAUACUCAGCUGCUACUAUUUCGCUUCGACCAAAAACUAAGCCUCAUCUGCUCACGGAUUAUGAGUACGAGACAAUGUGGGAUCCAGAUGUGGAAACAUUGCGGUUUGGAGUGCUCUUACCGUUGAAUGCACCAACAGGGUCAAGGGAGCAUAUCAUAGCUCGUAAGGCUCUUUCAGCUAUCCGACUGGCCAUUAAUCAUGUGAAUAGGCAAAAGAUAGUUCCUGGAAUCAACAUGACACUUAUUCUUCGAGAUAGCCAGGACCCUGACUUGUUCACGAUAACUGGAGGGUCAGCAGCUAUUUCAGCAGCAAGUGAUUUGAUUACUGCGAAGGUUAGCGGAGUCAUCGGCGACCUCCGCUCUUCUCUCACACGAUAUGAGGCAUUGAUGACUUCAAGUGUAGGCAUACCACAAUGCUCCUUUAGCUCCGUCAGCACUACGCUCUCGGAUAUGAGAGUAUAUCCAUUCUUUUUUCGCACUAUUCCAACUCUUAUUGUAAUCUUGGAUAGUCUCCUUGCCCUCGUACAUACAUUAGGGUGGAGGCGUAUCUCGUUGAUCUAUGAUGCCGAUACACUUGGGUGGUCUGAACGAGAGCAUUUCGAGGAUAAAGCCAAGGAAAUGGGUAUUUAUGUCCUUGCAGCUGUGCCUAUGACGAUAUUUGGGAAGCCAUAUGACCCAACUUUCCAUCAUGUAAAGGAUAAACUCCAGUCUUCUCGAUCGCGUAUUCAAGUCUUAAUAGCUACCCAAAAUAACCAAUUUGAUUUCUUGCGCGAAAUGAAGGAUUCGGGUUAUAUGAGCCCAAAGUAUGCAUGGAUAACAACGAAUGACGUCUCUAGCUCAGUUCAACAGGAAAAGGAUAGUAUUCCCGAUUACGAUGGACUAAUUAUGAUUGAUAACGGCUGGGACCUGAAAGGGUAUGGCCCUUUUGACAACUUUCUUUCUGAAUGGCAGAAUUUGGACCCAACGGAAUAUCCACUAGCACAGGACCCCAUACUCGUCAAUAACGAAGGGAUGGCUUACUCAUGCGUGAUGAUGAUAGCCCAGGCGUAUGGCAAGCUUAUCAGGUCAACGAUUACUAAUCCUGCGCAUCGGAUGCCGACCCACCCCUUCAUUAAAAGCUUGAUUGGUGGAGAACAUACAGGGAAAGUUCAGGUGCUGGAUAUAUUUGGAAAUGAUUCUUAUUCUGGACCAAAUGGGCCUAUAAGCCUUGAUCCUAGUGGUGAUAGGAAAGAGGGGUACUUUGUGUUUUCGAGUAUGCGUAAAGGAGUGUCUGUUCAAUUUGCUAAACACUUCUUUGGGGAUCUUAUUUUGUCAAGUUUGCCAUUUUUUAAAGAUGGAUACCCUAAUCUCCUCGAUGACACUCCUCCAGGGAUUAUCCAAAACCCGAGGUGGACCAAUCCAAGUGGCAUUAUACUUGGCAUAUUAAGUAUCAUUGGCAUUCUUUUGACACUACUAUCGGCUGCUCUUGUAGUGCAUUACAGAAACUAUAUUGUCAUCAAAGCAACAAGUCCUACUUUUUGUAUAUGCGAGCUAUUUGGCAUCCUCUUGAUGAUGGUGUGGUGUAUUCUUCGCAUUGGUAUCCCUCGGCAUGGGGAAUGUGCUGCUGAAGUUUUUAUACUUCCAAUUGGGGGAGCCUUCUUUGCUGGAUCUUUGGCCAUCAAAAACUACAGGAUAUAUCGAAUCUUCAACUCUGUUAAAGCUAUUAAGCAAGAAUUCCAGACCAGAACACUUAUUCGUUAUUUGGUCGUGGCUGUGAUACUCUCAACGAUCCCUCCAGUCGUGCAAGUUAUUGUUGAGAUGCCAACAUAUGAAGAACUUAAUAUCGAAGCAAAGCAAUGGAUUCGCUGCAAUGGAACCAGACACCAGACUCAAUGGCUUAUAUCAUCAUUGGCUGUGCCUAUCGUUUUGAUUAUCUUUGGAGUGUUCCUUGCGUUCAAGACUAGGAAUGUAAUGUUUCUAUGGAAUGAGGCCAAGCAAAUAUCCUUCGUAAUAUAUAACGCAUUCUUUUUCUUGAUCAUGAUUGUCGCUUCACACUUCUUCCCAAUAGAAUUUUACCCUGCUACGUUUUAUCUGACUUACAUUGGAAUAUAUUCAAUCGCACUCUUAUCGCUGCUCAUACUUUUUGCGCCCAAGUUUUGGGAAAUCUGGAAGAGUCAGCAUCAAACAUGGACCUCCAGCAGGGCCUUACACAUAUACAGUCAACACCCUCAUCAUCUAGGUGGCAAUGGCGGCGGCAUUUUUGGAAGCUCUAAUGCCCUGGGACGCGUGCCUGACGGUCUCAGGGCUAAUCAGUCAGCCUCGAUGGGGAGCCAUGACAUACCAAUGUCUGUUUUAGAAUCCCCUGCAAGGACAGCCAGAACCAAUUCAGCACACGACGCGCUUAAAAACAAUAUAGAUGGAUGUACAAAGCCCACCACCACGUCGUCAAAUUACACUUCAUACGAUAUCCAUGGAGGGGAUGUGACAGGUCCUCGUUUACCGGCUUUGAACAAUAUAAAGCUUCAAGGCUCAUAUACAGCCAACAGUGAUGGUACUAGGGCAAUUGCUGCUAUCUCGGACGAACCAUUGUACGCAAGAGUGCUUUAUGGCCGCACAUUAGGGACUAAAACUUCAGAAGGCUCAAGAAUGCUUAAGUUACUUUUAACAUUUUUCUUAUAUAUACUAAUCUCAAAGUCAUUAGUUCCUCCUUCCAAUUCGCGUGGUUCGAAAUAAGUUCUUUAGCUUCCUAUCGCAUUGGUUCAUGGCAACACUCAUCCUUAUUCCCGAGGCACAUUUGAUCUUCACAGUAGAACCUUAAUGGCGGACUAUCAAGUUACCUGAUGCUGUCGAUGACCCAGAUUGAUUGUGACAAUGAGCCCACUAUUCAAGUCACUACUUCCCAUAGGCGGACGCUCCUGAUCCGUUUUCCAGACCAAGCGCGUCUGGAUUACUGGGUGAGCCUCUUU